GACAGUGACAGACAGACAAUCAGACUGAGGGGAUGGUUAUAGAUUCAUGCUCUCACAUCUAAUAACCACACCCACCUCCCUACCCAAACUCCUUCCAUAUAGUCCUCAUAUUUAUUUCCCAUCCCCACGCUAUCCCAACGAUCGCAUGAAUAAAUCCGACGCAGUUUGAAUUAUGAAAUAAUAAACAACAAACCCAAUAAUAACCCUCUAUAAUAAACCCAAUGCACAUUGAAAAGCCACCCCACGCGGUUCGAAACUCCCGCCCCGUGACGUCACGCGCGACCAUGACGGCGGGGGUGGAAGAGAGGGACCUCCGGCAGCCAACAUGGGGACUCUUCUCGCCGAUUCUGCCUUCUGCCGCCUCUGUGCUUCCGAAUUCGAGGUCGGAUUUACCAUUUUUGAUGACAGCGAGGACAAAGCAUCGCUGGCCAUCUUGAUUAACAAGUAUCUGCCCAUCAAGGUUGCUAACGAUGGCCACUUUCCAGUGCGGAUUUGUGAGCGGUGUCACAUGGGAGUGGCAGCGACUGUGGAUCUCAUUGACCGGAUGGUUGAAGGGCAACAGAGAUUGCGGUCAAUGCUGCAGUCUGGGACAGUCCCUGAGGUACUUCAGGCUACUCUUAUUAAUAUCCAAGGGGAUUCAGUAGAUAUUCCCAUGGAUGAUUUAGCUAAAGGGACUGAAGUUGCAAAAGUAUAUGCAGAGAACCAUCCCAUGAGUAUAGCUGUGGAUGGCCAGCCGGUUGUUAAAAAGAAAAGGGGACGGCCACGGAAAGGAGAUAGACCUGUUAAGCAAAAGGUGAAGGAGGAGGAUUCUAGCCUUUUAGAUGAUGAUGAUGAUGUUAAGAAAGGGAGACCAAGAAGGUCUAACAGGAGAGCAAACCUGCCCACAAGGUAUAGGGACUCCAUUGCUGGGCGAGAUUUUGAGAAGCUAAUGAAUGAGUCAGGAGUGAAAGAGGAGAUAAUGGAUGUACAGGAUGAUGCCAGUGAUGCUGACUACAAGCACCAGGGCCUGUCUGGACCAUCAAUGCUGGAAGUCAUAGAGAAGCAGGGAAGUUUAAGAAAUCCCAAGGAUGCUGCUCUCGGCAAGGUUUCAGAAGAUGGCACAAGCAUUGUCAUUGCCCCCGAGUCCUCUGAAGCCCCAUCUGAUCUUCCAGUGUCUGUAAACAUUGAGGUUGACUUCCAGGACGAUGGUAAUAUCACCUUAAGAGGAAUGGAAGAAUUAGAUGAAAAGGAAAAACUUCCUCUUGCAUCUGUGAGCUCUGUUCAGAUUACCAGCAUGGGAGAGUCCAUCAAUAUGCCUUCCAAAGCAGCAUUUAGUGAGCCUACACUCUUCAGAAAGAAGCGAGGUGCCAAAAAGAAGGCAAAAUGGUCAUGCAACAUAUGUGGCAAAGGGUUUCUUCAUAAGGGCAGAUAUCUUCUCCAUACUCGCCUUCACAAGCAGGUGAUUCUGCAAUGUGAGAUGUGUAAAGAUCGAUUUUCUACUCGAGAAGAUAUCAACAUUCACCAACAAGAUACAGGACACACAGGAUUAGGAAUUAUAGAAGUGGAGAAAGAGGGUGAGCAGGUUGAGUUUAAAUGUCCUCAUUGUCCAAAUCGAACCUUUGUGACCUCAGAAGGUUAUAAUAAUCAUGUUGCAAGCAUGCACGAAGGUCAGAAACCAUAUGCUUGUGCCACUUGUGGAAAACGGUUUGCUUACCAGCAUAGCCUUCGAAAUCAUUAUGCAUUACAUGAGCCUCCCAAAGAGGAACGAGAAUACCCUUGCCCUACGUGUGGGAAAGUGUUCACACAUCCAAGCUCACUCAUCUAUCAUCGAGAUUCAACACACAAUAAUGGGCGCAUGUUUGUGUGCCACAUUUGCAAUGCUUCUUUCAAGCACAAGCAACUGCUCCAAAGACAUUACAGUGUUCAUUCUGAAGAGAGACCAUACCCGUGUGAAAUAUGUCACACAGCCUUUAAAACCAGAGGAAACUUGUACAACCAUAUGAAUACCCAUACUGGCCUUAAGAAAUUUACUUGUGAAAUAUGUGGAAAGCAGUUUAAUCACUUGACAUCUCUUACGCUUCAUGUUAGAUCUCAUACGGGUGAGAAGCCCUUUAAGUGUGACCACUGUGAUAAAAGGUUUACCCAGAAUGGCAACCUUCAGGAGCAUAGAAGAAUUCACACUGGAGAAAAGCCAUACUGUUGUGAAAGCUGUGGCAAGAAAUUCACCACUUCAUCUCAGUUCAAACUCCACAUGAGAAGGCAUACAGGAGAAAGACCCUUUGCUUGCACGUACUGCAACAAGGCUUUCUUGCAUCGAGAGGCAUGGCGCACGCAUGAGAGGAAGCAUAGUGGGGAGAAACCUUAUGUGUGCAAAACCUGUAAUAAAGGUUUUACAGAGCAAUAUACACUCAGAAAGCACCAGCGCUUGCAUACAGGAGAAAAGCCUUACAUAUGCAAUGUAUGUGGAAAAGCAUUCAGCGAUGCCUCCAACUUGCACAAACAUCGCAGGUGUCACAGAGAGGACGAAGCUUGGCUACUACAAGAACCUGGAACUAUUGAAACAACGGAAGGAGAUCAUCGUAUCAUUUAUAUUUUAUCUGACAAAGAUGAGCCUGAUGCUGCGACUCUUACAGCACUGCAGGCUGUGGACACUGAAAUGGCAGAGAAUUCCCACCUGGAGAACAUGACAGAAGGAGCAGCACAGAUGAUCCAGCUGAACCCUGACAGUCAGACCCUGCAGGGCUUUGCACUCGCCACAUAUGACCAGCCUUCCACAGCAGCAGUCAUGCUCCAAGAGGGCGGAGGACAGGAGUCGGAUAGGCGGAUUCAGAUUUUUACAAAUGAUGAAGGGCAGUCAGUAAUUCCAGUCAUCAAUUCAUCAGGAGAAGCCAUUGGGGAAGUGGAAGGCCAUUUUUUGACAGGGUCGGAUGGAAACACAAAUGUGAGCAACCUGAGCAACAGCAGUACACUGGAGAUCACACUGAAAGAUGGACAGCCACUCAGCCUAGUAAUUCCGGAUGGGGAAGAUCCAACGCUCUAUGUACAACGCGCUUUGGAGUCGGCUGUCUUGUCCCAGCAGCAGUCCUCCACACAGCAGAAGCCACAAUCGAAGCAAACACAGCACCACCGUCCGCAUCACACUCAGCAGCAAGAGAGUCAUUCACAGUCUGAAUAAAAACGUUUUGCCAUCUAUGAGGACUAUGCUUGACAGCGAGAACCAGAUUAAGAAGGAAAAAAUUAAUGCUGCUGUUCAACACUUCAUUUAUGUAUAUAUGUUUGUAUGUUUAUAUAAACACAUUUUCCUGAGAAAAGUCUUGGUGGCUAAAGUUCACACAACAGAUCUAUGCAACAAGUAUGGUAAUGUUAGCAUGAUGGAUUAACCCACUUGAGGGGUAAAGGCUUAACUGUGGAUUUUUGUACAUAUUUUUAUAUAUGUAGGUAAGAAAUAGCUGAUAUGACAAGAAAUAGGAGGAGAAAGAACAAAACUGUGGACUGUUGCAAAUAAAUUUGUGUUUGUGUGUGUGUGUGUUCGUUUGUGUGUGCGUGCGUGCGUGCGUGUGUGUGUGUAUUCUGGAAAAGAGAAACUGCUUUGUACGAAGCCUGCUUUAAAAUGGAAGAAAUUUUCUGGCAUGAAUUUAAUUAUAAUGUAAAGAAUUCAAGAAACAUUUGUAGCCUUUGAAGUAUCACAUAGCAACAAGUCAAUAAAUAACAAUGAUAGGAUCCUGACCUCUGUUGAUACUAUUCCUGGAAUAUCAGAAUGGACUGUGGAAAUUUAAUCGCCUUCAUAACUCAACUGUGAUGCAGUUUCAAAUAUUCAAAUGUGACAAGAUCUAAACUUAGGUUCCAGUGUUAUUUUCAUACAGGCAGCUAAUUUGAGGAUUUUGAAUAUAAGAAAGAGAAGGAAAAAUUAAGAUAUUUACUGAUCUUAUCAAUAAUCUUAAUAUUCUGUAGUGUGGUGUUAAAGCUACACAUGCAGUAUGUAUUUUUGGAUGUUCCAUCAAACCAAACAGAACAAUCUCAGUUUAAAAUUCACCCUUGAAAUGAAGCUAUAUUAUUAAGAAAAUAUUAGAUAACAUUACUGCAUACCGAAUGCUGUUCAUUUGGCAAGCAUUUGGUUAUAUUUGGUAUUUUGAUGUUUUAUUAAAUUAUAGGACAUGUGGUGCUUCAUGAUUAUCUCAAUGAUGUUAAUGUUGACUGGCUAAAUUAUGCAAUAAUAAAGGCUUUGGCAAUGCCAGGACUUUGGAAUAGAAUGGUAUUUAUUUAUUUAUCUAUUUAAAGGAUUUUAUUGUACUUUUAUUUGACUAGGUUGAGAAUUGUUAAUCAUGUAUAUUUAUUUGACGUAAUGUGCUGUAUGGGACUACACAGACUAUUCUGUAUUAGGAUUUAAUAGAUCGGUAGGUAUUUUUACAAAGUUAUGUCCAGAAGCAACAGUGAGAGUAAAAGUGCAUGUAUGUG